UAGCGAAAUCAGAGUCAUUCGUUAAUUAGAUUAAGUUUCUAUCUUCUGAUUAAUUCAAUUCUAUCGUAAUCAUGAGAGUCUUUCUCUUAGCCUGUGUUUUCCUCGUCGCCGCUGUUAACUUCUCACUCGCUUGCGAGUGUGGUAUGGAAGGUUCAGCUGGUCGAAUCUACAAAGGAAGUAAAGUUCGAGCCCACAAAUAUCCUUGGUUAGCUCACAUUCGAUCAUACCCUAACCGAGACUCUUUAGGAUACGCUCAAUGUGGUGGUUCUUUGAUCGAUGAACAACACAUCGCCACUGCCGCUCAUUGUGUUGUCGACGAUGAUGGUUCAACUUCCGAUCCUUCAAAUAUUGAUGUUUUCCUUGGUAAAGUUAUGGCUUUCUCAGAAGAAAAUGCCGCUAUUUCCGUCUCAGAAAUCUGGGUUGACCCUGAAUACAAUCAAAAAAGAUUUGACAACGAUUUCGCCAUCUUGACCCUUUCCAAGCCUGUUAAAUUCACUCAACAAAUUUCUCCAGUCUGUUUACCAAAGAGCGAAGCUGGUUUAUCCAAUCUCACCGUCGCCGGAUGGGGAACCACUUCCGCUAACUCUGAUUCAAGUGACGAUCUCUUGGAAGUCGAUGUUUCCUACUUGACCCAUGACCAAUGUGUCGACAUUAAGACCGAUUUCUUCUUCAAACAAUAUGAUAUUCCUCUAUCAAUGAAGGGAGAAGUUGGACUUCAAACAAUCCCUGAGACCCACAUGUGUGCCAUCAACAAACAAACCAAGGGUGACGCUUGUUCUGGCGAUUCUGGUGGACCACUCAUGCACAAGAGUAACGGUUUAUAUCACCUCAUGGGUGUUGUUUCUGGUUCAUGGACUGAAUGUGGUGAAAGUGCCGAUACCGCUGGUCUUUACACUCGAACCCUUUACUACCAAGACACCAUCAAGAGCAUCGCUCCAAACGCUUGCUGGAAGGACUAAGGGAUUAAAUCUAUUCCGAAUAUUAAUAUUUAUGUUUCUAAUUAGAUUGCAUUAAAAAAGUUAAUCAUCUUGUAUGAUUAAAAAAUAAAAAUUUCCAGUAGAUCUCGAGAA